AUGGCCGACACCAUGGAUGUUGAUCCGCCUGCUAGCUCCGAGGCCAAGGGCAAGAAGGGCGACAAGGGCGACAAGAAGCGCUUUGAGGUCAAGAAGUGGAACGCUGUUUCUCUUUGGGCCUGGGACAUCGUCGUCGAGAACUGCGCCAUCUGCAGGAACCACAUCAUGGACCUCUGCAUCGAUUGCCAGGCGAACCAAGUCUCCGCCACCAGCGAGGAGUGCAACGCCGCGUGGGGCAUCUGCAACCACGCGUUCCACUUCCACUGCAUCUCGCGCUGGCUCAAGACCCGGAACGUCUGCCCGCUGGACAACCGAGAGUGGGAGCUGCAGAAGUACGGUCGGUAG